AUGGAUUCUAACACUGACAUGGUCGACGACUCUUUGGUAGCUCAGUCGCUGGAAGACGUCCAUUUGACGGCAUCCGAUUCUCCACAGGAACGGCGUGGUUCUUCCCCUCGUUCUGUGGAGUCUACACCACCGUCUACCCCAAACGGCUAUGAUAUUACAAAAGAACUUGAGGAUGUUCCAAUAGAUCUGCGCGCGCUGGUGUAUAUCUCGAUGCCUGAACACCUCAACUGUCCUGUUUGCCAGCUCCCGUUCAUUAACCCUUAUACCACUAUCUGUGGACACACCUUCUGCAAGACAUGUAUUAUGGAGACUAUCAAGUCUCCGCUGGGAAGCAAGUGUCCCUUGGACAGAAUUGAGCUGAACUAUAACGACGAACGCCCGGACUCAGGCGAAACAACGUUCAACGACAUCUUCCCCGCCCCAAUCAUAUUGAGCAACAUUACCGAUGAUCUCCAAGUACGAUGUUUGAACGAGCCCCGCGGGUGCACUUGGGUUGGACCCCGGUGGCAGAUCAAACAGCACUUGGUUAACAAUUGCGAGCAUACCCGCUUUGAAUGCGAUCAUGAAAUAGAUAAUAAAGUCUGUGGCAAGCUGACAGAACGGCGGUUUCUGGGCUUUGAAUGUCCUCAUCAGCCACUUGCUUGCGAUAAGUGUGGCGAAGAAGUCACAUUGGUCACUAAAGACCACCAUCUGAUGAAUGAAUGCACCAAAAAUUUGCGGAAAUGUCUUGGUUGCAACCUGGAGUUUCCAGAGAAGGUUUACGAAAGUCACGAAAAAUACUGCGAGAAGAUCUACAUUAAGUGUCCUGGAAGCCAGUACGGCUGCGAAUGGCGCGGCAGCAGAGAGGUUUUGCAUGAGAUCCACACUUCUGAGUGUGUCUUUCUAAAGCUGUCAAAUUAUUUUGAGAAACAGGAAACGAAAUACACCGAUUUGGCAGACGAAAACCGGAUGUUGAGGUCUCAGUUGUCCACGAUUUUGGACUCCAUCACUCAAGGCAAGCUCACAAACCUGGGCUACUCUUUGCAGCUCGAAGAGAUUAUGGACAAUCAAUCUGUUGAGCCUUUCAAGCUGUUUGACAAUCUGCAGGAAAAAGACUUCAUCCAAUUACUAAUGGAGUUUGAGGUCCUCAAGACAGAUGUGAACAGACUAAGAUCGCUUGUAUCGGAGCGCGACCUCGAUAAACAGCUUGUCACUGUUCUCGCAAACGAUAACGUCCAAAUCAAGGACGAACUGGACAACCAUACGGUGGCUCUGACCUCUAUUAAACAGCAGAUCCAAUUUAUGUUGAUGGACCGAAGGAGGCUUCGGUCUAAAUUCAACUCCACAGAGUCGGUGAUACCAUCCGAACAGGACUCUUCCAGUUCGACGUCCAAUAGGUUUACUAACAAACUGUAA